UCGUGACAGUCUAUUCAAAACCUCAAAGAAAUUUCUGUCAAAAUAAUGAAUUAGAAAGUGUAUAUAAAAUUGAAAAAUAUUGAAAAAAAAUAUGAAAAUUUUUCGUAGUCUUUUAAAUAUAUAUCGAUCACAGGGACGACAGUUGGUCGGGGUCACGUCUUAUAUACCUACAAGAUGGACUAAGCCUAGGAAAAAAUACAGCACCUGUCCUCAGGGAAUGAAGGUCACAAUAUGCGGUGCUGCUGGAGCAACAGGUCAACCUCUAGCGCUGUUGCUGAAACAGUGUCCAUUGCUAGACGAAAUAGCACUGUAUGACGUGUGCGCUACAUGCGGAUAUGGCAUGGAGCUGAGUCACGUGGACACGAAGUGCAAAGUCUCGUCGUUUUCGGGCCGACAUAUGCUAUGUGAUGCUCUCAAGGGAGCUAAAGUGGUUGUGAUAGUGGCACGGAAUUGUAGUGACACUUUUGAAAACAGUGCUCCUAUCAUCACAGAAAUCACAUUGCAGAUUUGUAAUAUGUGCCCAACCGCUUUCGUCAUAGUGGCAACAGAGCCAGUGGAAAGUAUGGUCCCUUUAGUCGGUGAAAUCCAAAGGUUACGUGGGGCAUACAAUCCACGGUCGUUGUUGGGCUGUGUGGAGUUAAACUGUGUCCGAGCCAACACUGUCUUGGCUGAUUUCUUGAGGGUACCGCCGGAGUCUGUAAGGGUGCCGGUAAUAGGAGGCGCGACCCCGCAGACCAUGGUACCUGUGCUGUCCGCGGCUGUUCAUCCUUGUACUAUGACGCAGGAACAGAUUGAAUGCGUGACUUCCUGCAUAAUGAGUGGUAACGAUGCUGUUUGCGCCGCCAAAGGCUGUUGUACUGAGACGGCUUGUCUCGCCGGCGCGUACGCAGUAGCCCGGACCACUAUCAACGUGGUUAAAGGUCUGCAAGGAGGAAAAAAGCUGGUUCAGUGCGCGUACGUUGAUAGUAUGGGUACCUGCGCGCCUGACUGCCAGUUCUUCGCUAGUGAAGUGGUACUGGGGCCUUCUGGUGUCGAGAAGAAUCAAGGAAUACCAGAGUUGACAAAGUUUGAGAACUGUCUUCUGUGUAAUUGUUUGCCGUACGUCAGAAACGAAAUAGCUCGUUCUAUUUGCUUGGUAUAUUCAAUGUGCACCCAAUGCUGCUGCAGCAACUGUUACGUGCACCCCAGCACGUGCUACUCCCCGCCGGUGCUGCCGUGCGUGCCGCCCGUCAACUGGACGUGUGACUGUCCGGACGCGUGUCGCGAUGAGUACCUCGCGUCCAUUUGCCGUGAAAUGACUUGCCAGUGUGGCAGCACAGAGCUGUGCUGGCGCCCCCGCGACGUGGACUACGACGCGGCCCGCGCUGCCAACCUGACGCACCAGAUGCCUUUGAAGAGUUGCGCUUGCUCUGUGUGCCGGGUACCGAGGAGUGUACAGAUCGAGCAACAAAUACGAGAGAAGGCCAUGGACCCUUGUAAAUUCUAAUUUGUAAUUAUAUAAGAACAAAUUUCAAAAUUUGAAUUAAGAGAAUUCUUUGAAAUUUGUUCUUACUGCAUUACAUAAAACAAACGAAUUAGACCCUUAAGUUUCAAACGUACCUACUACAUGUGACGAAUUAGAUUAGAAUGGUGUAACUAAUCAAAGCAAAGUAAGUCGAAUUUUAAGCGUAAUAAAUACAUCCGCAUUCGGAUGCGCUGAAUUGCUGCAAAAACAUAAGCAUGGGAUACAUCCGCUAUUCCCUUAAAUCAGGAUGUAGUAGUUUCCAUAACGUCAAACUUAACAAAUUUUAGAAAGAACUUCAUUUAAAAAUCUACUUACAAUAUUAAUAUUUUAGAUUUUUCAAUCCGAUUCAAUCGUUUUGCCCGAUCGUUAUCUGUCAAUGUUUUGUAAACGUUUUUAUAUUCUUUACUGUUUUAUAAACGAUAUGUGAUAAUAAAAUGCAUUUAAUGUAAAAAAUUAAAAACAGUUUUAUUUACAUAAACAACAUCAUAAGUCUAUCAUAAAAAUACAAUCACAACGGCACAAAGACUUAAACAGACACUUUCAAAUGUUGAACACAUUAAUAAUCUUGCACGUAAUAUUUUCAAGUUUCGAUCGGAAUUCGCCAAAAAAGGUCCCACAUGGUAUGUGCUCCUCUGUCUAAAAAUAAAUGAUACUGAAUUUUCUUCUUAACAAUAAACGUGUAACAUUAAAUAUCAUGUUUAUUUCCCGUUCUCUGGGAAUUGCAAGAUGUUAUCUGAAUUCCCAACUACCUAAUUAACAUACAAUCUCAUACAUGUCUAAUUUAAGCUUCGUUUGGGCCAGAAAACAAGAAUGCGUCUUUUCUACUAUAUGGAACCCGUAAAAGUAUCAAAUCCUAAUUACAACUUAUAUUCCAACACUUCCAACUUAUAAUGCGAAAGUAAGUUUUUUUAUAGCUUUACCGUUGAACUCAGAUUUCUUGUGGUUCCACGAUUUGUCCCAUUGAUCGGACCACGAGUCUUUGUUUAAUAACAUAUUUAAUCAUCCUAAUAUUUAGACAGGACACAGAAAAACAGGACAUUUAUAGAUUUAGUUUAAGCUGCGGGCAAAUGCUAGUAGAACAUACCUAUAAGAUGUAUUCAACCUAUCUAUGUACCUUGUGCCCUUCAUUUAUGUCCAUUGCCUUCUUUGCUUUCGUAUUAUGAUUUGUUUGACUUUUAGAUUUUGUUGGCAAAUACUUCUGAAACAAUGUGAAAUUGCGAAUUUUCAAGAAAUUUGUUUCGAAAUAAUAUAGUUUUAUAUAUAAAGCUAAAGCUUACCCUUGAUUCACUUUUAAAUUGUGAACUGGAAAUAAAGCGGUUUGUAACACUAUGUAGGUACGAAACAUUCUUUGCUUGCAAACCAAUUAAAUAAAUUAAUUGUUAAUUAAAUAAAAUACUUGUUGAAAACUUACUUUCAAAACGUUGAUAUUGACUACGGAUGGUAUCGGGUUGGAUCCUGCAGUCUCACACUUAUGU